CAGUGCCGUACACGGUAUACAUUUAUUACACUCGGCCUCGUCUCGGCACGCACAAGUAGUAACUCUUUUUUUUUUUUUUUUCCUCCUCAUUUCGGAGCAACGCUCGUAUAUAUAUAUAUAUAUAUACACACGCGCUCGUACAUGGGUGAUGUUCGACGUGCGUUUUUGUAUAUCCCGUGUAACACGUUGUUUCGGAGCUCCGGUUCGCCGAGGGAACGGUCUCUGACGCGUGGUGUUUCGCACGGAGUGUCGCUCGACUAGAAGGACAUCACUGGGGGAGGGGGGGACCUUUGGGCUGGAGUUAUUGUCGAGGAUAAAAAAUAAACCAAGGAAAAAUGAUAUAAAUUCCAACAGAGGGUGAUAAUCAUUAUUGACAAAAAAUAAAUAAAUAAAUAACAACAAGGAAAAAACGACAAAUAAGGGAAAUAAACAGCCAAGGAGCAGCAAGAUGGCCACUACGAUAGACGACCGGCAGGAGCUCCUUGAGUGCUUCCAGGCGAUCGACUCGAACAAGGACGGCUACAUCGACCUAACGGAGUUGCGAAACGCCCUGGACCAGUGCGGCUUCAAAAUGCCGGGGUACAAGGUCCGCCAGAUGGCCGAGGAGUACGCGGCGAAGCGCCGGCCCCAGGAGCAGGGCCGACUGAGCUUCGACGAGUUCGAGAAGCUCUGCAAGGAGUUGCGCGCCAGCGAGCCGAGUUCCAGCUUCAAGCAGGUAGUCUCGAAGAAGGAGAACCUCGAGAUCAUAUCCGGGUUGUCGACCGCCUCGAGCGAGGGCACGACCCACUCGGUCAGGCUCGAGGAGCAGCUGGCCUUCAGCGACUGGAUCAACACCAAUCUCGCCCACGACAAGGACCUCAAGCACCUGCUGCCCAUUGACGCCGAGGGAAAAACCUUGUACGACAAAUUCAAGGAUGGCAUUCUUCUCUGCAAAAUCGUGAACCACUCGUGUCCGGACACCAUAGACGAGCGCACCAUCAACAAAAAGAACCUCACCCUCUACCGAGCCCACGAAAAUCUGACCUUGGCCCUUCGCUCGGCUCAAUCGAUCGGCUGCAACAUCAUAAACAUCGACGCCCACGAUCUGACCAAGGGUUCGCCCCACCUGAUCCUCGGAUUGCUUUGGCAGGUGAUCCGCGUGGGACUCUUCAAUCAGAUAACCCUCGAGAACUGCCCGGGCCUGGCCCGCCUGCUCCAAGACGGCGAGCGCAUCGAGGACCUGCUUAGGCUGUCACCGGAGGAUAUACUUUUGCGCUGGGUGAACCAUCACCUGACGAACGCGGGUAUCAACCGGCGCUGCACCAAUUUCUACUCCGACAUAACAGACUCGGAGAUCUACUCGCACCUCAUCCACCAGAUAGCCCCGAAGGAGGCGGGCGUUAGCCUCGAGGCGCUGAUGGAGCCAAGCCACAUUAAUCGGGCCGAGGUCAUGUUGCGCCAGGCCGCGAAGAUCGACUGCCGGAGCUUCGUUACCGCGAGCGAUGUCGUCAACGGCAUACACAAGCUUAAUCUCGCCUUUGUCGCCAAUAUGUUCAACAAGUACCCGGGUCUAGAUAAACUGGAGGAGGACAACAUCGAGACGGUCGAGGAGAGCCGAGAGGAGAAAACUUACAGAAAUUGGAUGAACUCGCUCGGGGUGUCGCCCUACGUGAACUGGCUCUACUCCGAUCUGGCCGACGGUCUGGUGUUCUUCCAGCUCUUCGAUAUCAUUAAGCCGGGUAGCGUCAACUGGACGAGAGUUCACAAGAAGUUCUCGAAGCUGCGCAUGUUCAUGGAGAAGCUGGAGAACUGCAAUUACGUGGUCGAGCUUGGAAGGCAGAUGAAUUUCUCGCUGGUUGGUAUCGCGGGACAAGAUCUCAACGAUGGCACUGUCACCCUUACCCUCGCCCUCACCUGGCAGCUCAUGAGAUCGUACACACUUUCGAUCCUGAGCGGCAUUACCGACAGACCCGGUGGCAUCGUCGUCGAGAAGGAGAUCGUCCGGUGGGCCAACUCGAAGCUCGCUUCGGCCGGUAAGGCCUCCUCGAUCAAGAGUUUUCAGGAUUAUAGCAUCGCUGACGGCAAGGUCGUGCUUGACCUCAUCGACGCGAUCAAGCCUGGUACCGUCAACUACGACCUCGUCAAAGAAGGUGGAAACGAGCAGGACAAUUUAGAUAACGCCAAGUACGCGCUUUCACUGGCACGAAAAGCUGGCGCUCGCGUUUACGCGCUUCCCGAAGAUAUUACCGAGGUCAAACAAAAAAUGGUCAUGACGGUCUUUGCUUGUCUUAUGGCCACAGAUUACGUGCCCGGCGCCAAUAAUUCCAACAGUCAGCAGACAAAUAACACGGAGAGCAAAAAUCACAGCGCGGAAUAAUACAGCCCACUCUGUAGUAAAAGGCUGUGGUGUUCGUCAUCCUUAUCUCCCCUCACCCUUAUUUCCCUGACGUCCACCUGAAUUUUUUUUUUUGCAUUCAAUUAUGUAUUUUUUUUCUUUUUUUUUUUUUUCAUGUAAAUAUGUAUUAAUAAAUACCCAUAAGCUAUUUUCAUUACGCGAGCGCCUAAAACAAGACGAAAAAAAUGAAAAUCGAGCAAAGGAACACACGUAGGCCUAUACGUAGCUUGAAUUAAUUUAUAAUGUAUUGUAGCAGCAGUAGAAGCAAGUGGAGGAAUGAUAAUACUUAAUUGGAAAACGGACUAAAAAAAAGUGCUAGAAAGCGGUGUGUUAGUGUAACAUAUACGUAAAUAAGUGCGUAGUCGCCGCGACAACGCGUCAUUUAUUGGUAUUUUAUAGCGAAUUAGGCUUGUGUGUCAUUACUAUGAUUAUGUCGUUUUUUUCUUCCCUGUCAUAAUGUUGUGACUAUAUAUUUACGUAGAAAGGCAAUUUUUGACGCUGAAAUAUCCGCGCUUUGCAAGUUUAAUAGUUUUUUUUUUUCUUUUAUUUUACUAUUAUGAAAGAUAUUUUUUAUUUUUUUUGUUUUAUUUAGCAGAGAGUUGCUAAAAACUUGUAAAUCAUGUGAAAAUUUAGAUUUUUUUUAAAAAACAUUUUA